AUGGAUUCUGACGCUGAGUCGGCCUUUGAUGACUUUCAACAAGAUGACUCCGACGCGUUCUCGCCCGAGCCCCCUCUGUCAGUGUCGCAAACUCAGGCUUUCUCAAAAUCACCUGCUUACGAGUCGCAGAAGCCCAAGGCCAAGGCUGCAGUAAAGAAGGCGACAGCAGCAAAGCCUGCCGCCAAGGCUGCGCCAAAGAAGAUGCUCCAGACAACACUCAAGACCAAGGCCGCACCUAAGAAACGCGCAAAGCCAGAGAGCGACGAUGACGGCGACGGCGAUUUCGGUGGCGACAUGUCCAACACGCCUCCCAAGAAGCAGAAGACAGCAACCGGCGCAAAGAAGUCUAGCGGCAAACCUCUGGGCGAAAUAGAGAAUGAUAGCUUUACGCAACUCGAUGGAACCUCUGCGGGCCCAUCCUCAAAAACAAAGACCGCCACCGAGACCUACCAGAAGCUCACCCAACUUGAGCACAUUAUCAAGCGACCUGACACCUACAUAGGAUCCGUCGAACGCACCGAGAGUUCGAUGUGGAUCUACAACAAGGAGAAGUGCUUAAUGGAGUACAGGAAGACCUCCUUCGUGCCUGGUUUCUACAAGAUAUUUGACGAGAUUCUCGUCAACGCUGCCGACAACAAACAGCGUGACAAGGGCAUGAGCUACAUAAAGAUCACCAUCGAUCGCGAGAAUGGCGAGAUCUCUGUCGAGAACGAUGGCAAGGGUAUCCCAGUUGAGAUGCACGAGAAGGAGGGUUGUUACAUUCCUGAGAUGGUCUUUGGUCAUCUACUUGCCGGAUCCAAUUUCGACGACAACGAGAAGAAGACCGUCGGUGGUCGGAACGGGUACGGUGCCAAGCUUUGCAACGUAUUCAGCACAGAAUUCUCCCUCGAGUGUCAGGAUUCGACCAAUUGCAAGAGAUACAAGGCGACCUGGAGGGACAACAUGAGCAAGAUGGACAAGGCAAAAAUCACAUCCAACAAGACCAAAGACUUCGUAAGGGUCACUUUCAAGCCAGACUUCAAGAGAUUUGGCAUGCCAGAUGGCAUUGACGAUGACACCGAGGCCCUCAUGUACCGUCGAGUUUAUGACUUGGCUGGUACCGUUGAAGGAGUCAAGGUUCACCUGAACGGAGAACAACUGAAGCUCGGGUGGAAGAAGUACUGUGAGAUGUAUGCCAAAGCUAUCGCAAAGGAACGUCAAGACGUCGACGCAGACGGCAACGGACCCGCCCCUGCCACUGUCAUCUUUGAAGACACCAAGGCUCAUCAACGGUGGCAGAUUGGUUUCACCGUUUCAGACGGCUCUUUUCAGCAGGUUUCUUUUGUGAAUUCGAUUGCAACAACUGCCGGUGGCACGCACGUCAACUACAUCGCUGAUCAGAUCUGCAAUGCUCUCCUGAAAGAUCUCACGAAGAAAAUGAAGGGGCACUCACUCAAGGCAAACCAUGUCCGGAAUCAUAUCUUCAUCUUCGUCAACUGUUUGAUCGAUAACCCUGCCUUUACGUCGCAAACCAAAGAGCAGAUGACCACGAAGCAGAGUGCUUUCGGCAGCAAGUGCCAACUCACCGAUGGCUUCAUCAAGAAAAUCAGGGCAACAGAGGCGAUUGACAACAUCCUUCACUUCGCCGAGAAGAAGGCUGACAAGAUGAUGGCCAAGUCAGAUGGAAACAAGCGGUCCCGCAUAAGCAACGAAAAACUAGUCGAUGCGAAUAUGGCGGGAACCAGGCAUGGCCACGAGUGCACUCUGAUCUUGACUGAAGGUGACUCAGCCAGAGCUUUGGCUGUUGCUGGUCGCGCCAUUCUCGAUCCUGACCGUAUCGGUGUCUUCCCUCUCAGAGGAAAAAUGCUAAAUGUUCGUGAUGCCAACAUUGAACAAAUCCUGAAGAACGCAGAAAUCAACAACAUCAAGCAAUUCCUUGGACUCAAGCACAAGACGACGUACACUGACACCAAGAGCCUUCGUUAUGGUCAUCUGAUGAUCAUGGCUGAUCAGGAUCAUGACGGUAGUCAUAUCAAGGGUUUGCUCAUCAACUUCCUUCAAGUUCAGUUCCCCUCCUUGCUCCAGAUACCGGACUUCUUCCGGGAAUUUAUCACUCCCGUUGUGAAGGUCUGGCAAGGCCCCAAUCCAAAGAAGCCACUCCAACUGAGGUCCUUCUUCACUAUGCCGGAAUAUGAGGAGUGGAAAGAGUCGCACCAUCGAGAGAUCAAGAAGUGGCACUACAAGUACUUCAAGGGUCUGGGAACCAGCUCAAACGAGGACGCCCAGGUCUACUUCACCAACCUAGAUGAUCAUUUGAAGGAAUUCCAGACCAUGAAGCCAGACGAGGCUAGCCUUUUUGAGCUUGCCUUCUCGAAGAAGAAGGCCGACGCGAGGAAACAGUGGCUCGGCGACUUCAUACCAGGGACUUUCCUGGAUCAUUCGACCAAAUCGAUCACAUACACCGACUUCGUCAACAAGGAGCUUAUCCUGUUCAGCAUGGCUGAUAACCUGCGGUCCAUCCCCUCUGUUGUUGACGGGUUGAAACCGGGCCAACGCAAGGUUGUCUACGCCUGUUUCAAGCGCAACUUGACCAAAGACAAGAAGGUUGUUGAACUGGCGGGAUACGUCUCCGAACAGACUGCCUACCAUCAUGGCGAAGUCUCCCUGCAGCAGACAAUCGUUGGCCUAGCCCAGAACUUUGUUGGAUCGAACAACAUCAACAUUUUGGAACCCAGCGGUAACUUCGGUUCUCGUCUUGCCGGUGGUAGCGAUUCGGCCAGCGCUCGUUACAUCUUCACCCGCCUUUCUCCUUUCGCGAGGCGUGUGUUCUCUGCGCUAGACGAGCCAAACCUUGAAUCACAGUACGAUGAUGGCAAGCAGAUUGAGCCAAAGGUCUACGCUCCCGUCAUACCAAUGGUCCUCUGCAAUGGCGCUGACGGUAUUGGAACUGGUUGGAGCACUUCUAUUCCUAAUUACAAUCCGGCAGACAUUGUGAGGAAUCUCAAGAGACGUAUGGGCCGGAGCGACGAUUCAUCAGAGGAGCACGCCUUCGAGCCCAUGAUGCCGUGGUUCCGCGGCUGGAAGGGAGAACCUGAGGAAGAAGAGCCAGGUUCGAAGAGGUACAGAUUCAACGGUAUCGCGAACUUCGAAGAAAGCCAGGCCAAAACCGUUGUGACUAUUACUGAGCUCCCCAUCCGCAUGUGGACGGAUGAUUUCAAGGCCAAGCUCGAGCAGAUCAUCAAGGGCGAAAAAGCUCCAUCCUGGAUCAAGGAUUACAAGGAGUACAACGACCAUGCAAACGUACAUUUUGAGAUUGAAAUGGACGAGGCGCAGAUAGAGAAGACUCGGAAGGAGGGUCUGCUUGAACGCUUCAAGCUGACCAAGAGUCUUGGCACCACCAACCUUGUUGCUUUUGAUCCUCGAGGACAGAUCCGGAGGUACGAGAAGGUCGAGGACAUUCUGGAGGAGUUCUAUCAGUUCCGCUUUGCAAUGUACACGAAGCGAAGAGCACACUGGCUUAAGGUCUAUCACGCAGACUAUCGUAAACUGAAGAACAUGGCCCGCUUCGUCGAGGAGAUCAUUGAAGGUAAAUUGGUUGUCUCGAGAAAGAAGAAGGCCAUCUUGGUGGAGGAGCUCCGUGACCGCAAGUACGAGGCUUUCCCCAGGGGUGAGAGCGUGAAGAAAGCUCGAAACACGGACGAAGAGAUGGACCAGGAUGAUGAGGACGAGGAGGACCUCACUUCCAAUGAACCUGGCGCAGGGGACUACGACUAUCUUCUUUCUAUGCCCAUCUACUCCUUGACUGCCGAACGCCUUGAGCGGCUAAAGAAACAGAUUGCUGCGAAGAAGGCAGAGCACGACGACUUGGAGAAACUCGACGAGAAGGACCUCUGGUCCAGGGAUCUUGACGAGUUCCUCGAAGAAUGGGAGCACCAGCAGACCCUGGAUGCCGAGAUCGCAAAGAAAAUCAGGAACAUGGGCCGUCGUCGCUCUAAGAAGAUUGGGGCUGGAGGCGGCCGUGGUGGCAAGCGGGCCAACCGUGGUGAUGACGACUAUGACCCUGGCAAGACGAAGGCUGCAAAGUCGAUGAAGAAGGACUUGCCCAUAGUCAAGAAGCCUGUCGAACCGAAGAAGCAGGGCGCGGCCUUUGCUCAGAAGUUCAGCGGGGCAAAGCCCAAGUCCAAGACGUAUGGCAAUGAUGGAGCAUCAUCGGACUUUUCUGACGAUGACUUCGCUGCGUUGAGCAAGAGCAAGCCGAAGGCUGCGCCUGCAAAGGAGCUGCCCGCUCCCGCUGGAGCGGUCAAGGACGAAGAUUCUGAGAUCGAGGAAAUCUCUGCACCGGCGAACAAUCGCGCUAAGCGUGCUGCAGCAUCCAAGGCCAAAUCGUACGCCAACGACGGGUCAGACUCAGAUUUCUCCGAUGACGACUUUGCUACGCUGAACACGGGCAAGUCUGCUGCACCUGCACCCGCGCCAGUCAAGAAGCCCUCUCCAGUUGAAUCUGUUCCUGAAGACCCUGAAGACCCUGAAGACGAAGAGUCUGAGGUCGAAGAGAUCACUGCGCCUGCGGAUAGUCGCUCCAAGCGUGCUGCCGCAUCCAAACCCUCUCCUGUCGAGUCUGGUGUCGAGGACGAGGAGCCCGAGAUCGAAGAAGUUGCUGCCCCAGCAAACGGCCGCUCCAAGCGUGCUGCUGCGUCAAAGGCCAAGGCCUGGAUGUUUGACGAUGAUGACGAUGAGUCAGAGGAAGACAACGGUAAUGACUUGCUCGGUGAUGUCGGUGCCAUGGUCCGCGGGAUCGGCGAGCCCGCUGCGGCUUCGAACAAUGGCAGGCUUAGUCUGUUUGCCAUGUCACGAUCUGAGCACGGUAAUGCCGCGAUACCCAAGCUGAAGACGAAACAGUCGCGCAAUUUCGACUUUGAUGAGCCUGAUGACACAAACUACGAGCUGCUCGCGAAAUCGUCGCCUCGGAAGGACACCAGGUCCUCUGAUAUUGAUGACCUGAUGUCGGACAAUGAGGACGUCCCCGCCACGACCACAGCAAAGGCCUCCUCAGCCAAGGCAAAGUCUGCCAAGGCUCCGCUGAAUGUGGUCUCCGCCCCGGCGAAGAAACCGCGAGGUCGUCCUGCUGGCGCAAAGAAUAAGUCCAAGGAAGACAAGCCGGUGAAGCCUGUUAAGGUGUCUCCAGCUGCCAAGGCCUAUGCGGCGAAGAACAAAACUUCCACUGCUGCUAGCAAGUCGAAGAAGAAGUCCUUCGAGUUCAGUGACGAUGAGGAGGACGAAGAUGGGGACGUCGCCAUGGCGGACUCCCCACCUCCUCCCCCACGUGCCCGUCCCGGCCGAGCGGCGGCUGCUAAAGCCAAGAAGACAUACGCUAUUAUCUCGGACGACGAUGACGAGGAUGAGGUGAUGUCCGACGGCGGCGCUGGUGGAGGUGGCAGCGAUGUUUAUGACAUGGAUGACUCAGAAUGA